AUGCCCCUCCGGGGGCGCCCCCUCUCUUUCGACGCCUACAUCGAUGACACCAGCAUCUCGGCUAUCGGUUCCAGGUCCUUCGUUAGAGCUACCAUCCUGAACAUGGCCCCCCUGCUGCUGGCGGGCAUCAGGCAGAUGUUAGGCGGCCGUGUCGCUCUCGACAAGGUUGCCCUAGUGUGCUCCUGUGGUGCCCUGGGCCAGCAGCUGGAGGCUGAUCUUGGCCCCUUCGGCGCACUGGGCACCUCCGCCAUCAACCUCGGCUGCGACGACGCGGCUGGGAAGUGUUUCAGGACGGGCAAGAGGAGGAUGAGGAAGCGUCAGGAGAGGAAGAUCAAGAUGCAGCGCAAGGCUACUCGUUCGAAGCGGUUCCGUUCUCACUUUGGGAGGAAAGCUAUCAAGGUGUUCUCUGCUGGCCCGCUGCCUGGAUAUAUUUAUGGAUGUGAAGUCCAGGGCCUCGCGGACGGAGAGGUUCACAGUCUUCGGCGUGUGGCAGCCAGCUCCAUCAAGCCAGAUGCCGCUCGCAGAUCGCUGACGGUGCUGUCGCUCAUUGAAGGGGACCCUGUUUGGCACGGCUCGGUCGCGCCCGUGCUGUGCUACAUCAAAGAGGUUCUGCUGCGCCAGGCUGUGCUGCGCCAGCUCGAGAGAGCGGCCUACGGCAAGCUGGUGGACGGCGAUCUCUUUUGUGGCGUUG